AUGAAUGAUAGAAUAGAGUUGUGGGACUCAUUGACUUAUUUGGCUUCUGAUAUGACAACUCCAUGGCUUGUGGGAGGUGACUUUAAUGUAGUGGUUGAUGAGGAGGAGAAGUAUGGUGGCCUGCCAGUAUCAGUAGCUGAGGUUGAGGAUUUUAGGUGUUGCAUUCAGAGUUGCAAUUUGACAGAUUUGGGCUAUAAAGGAAGCAUUUUUACAUGGUGGAAUGGGAGAGGUAGGGAUGAUUGUAUUUUCAAGAGGCUGGAUAGGUGUUUAGGCAGUUUUGAAUUGCAAGAAACAUAUCCAGGUUUGGAGGUGAGUCACUUGAUCAAGAAUGGAUCAGAUCAUUCUCCCAUGCUCCUUGAUUUUAAUAGAGAAGUGCCACAAUUUAGAAAAUCAUUCAAAUUUCUGAAUUUCUGGACCAAACAUGAAUCUUUCAUGGACAUGAUUAAGGAAAAUUGGAAUAUUGAAGUUGAAGGCAAUUCUUUUUGGAGAUUUAAUACAAGACUGAAGAAUAUGAGAAAGAUGUUGUUUGCAUGGAGUAGAUCAACUUAUGGAGACUUUUUUCAGAAGGUGAAAAACAUGGAAGAGGUAGUUAAGGCUCAUGAGGCUAUGUUUAAGGCAAAUCCUUCCUUUGUUCAUAGGGAAAAGCUUAUGAAAGUCAAUGCUGAGUACACACAGGUUUUGGCAGUUAAAGAAGAAUACUGGAAACAAAAGUCAGAUCAAAACCAGAUGUUGGUCAAAAUGCCAUGCAAACAAAAAGUAAAUGAAGUUGUAUUUGGCCUGAAUCCUACAAGUGCUGGAGGUCCUGAUGGUUAUACAGGUUUUGUAAAGGGAAGAAGUAUAGUUGAGAACAUUCUAUUGGCUCAGGAGAUUAUCUCAGAUAUGAGAAUGAGAACUAAAAAAGCCUAUGAUAGGCUGUCAUGGGGCUUUUUGACUACUGUAAUGAGGAAAAUGGGAUUUGCUGAGAAAUUCAUUGGACACAUCUGGGAGUUGGUUGCAAACAAUUGGGCCUUGAAUUCAUUGCAUCAUGAUCCUGGUUUUUGUGGAUUUGGUUUGACAAAGUGGAGUCUAAGGAUAAAUCACUUAUGCUAUGCAUAUGAUACUAUUAUAUUUGCAUCAGCUUGUGAGAUGUCCUUGGGAAUGAUUAUGAAGGUACUGGCUAAUUAUGAGACUGCAUCAGGACAACUGAUUAAUAGAGGUAAAAGUGUUGUGUACUUGCAUGACAAGGUUGAUGAAUCAUGGUUUGUGAGGGUGGAAUGGAUAACUGGUAUUAAUAGGCAAGCUUUUCCUAUUAUAUAUCUUGGUUGUCCUAUAUAUUAUAGCAAGGCUAAGAUGUCAUUCUAUUCAGAACUGCUUAAAAUAAUAAGGGACAAGCUGCAAGGAUGGAAAGGGAGAAUGCUCUCUUUUGGUGGUAAAGCAGUCCUGUUGAAACAUGUAUUGCAGGCUAUGCCCAUGCACUUACUGUCUGCCAUGUAUACUCCAUCUUUUGUGGUUGAAAAACUAUAUAAGAUCUUUGCUCAAUUCUUUUGGAGCAAUUCUGAGGGUGAAAGGAGAAGGCAUUAG